UUUAUAAAUAAAGCUUGAUUUGAACUGCUCCCCACUGUUGUGAUGAUGGCGGCCGAUCAUAGUGUUCCUCCUUCACUGUCUGCAAGUGUCGAGGGGUCAUUUGCCUAUUUGACUAUACGAGACAGGUUGCCAACCAUUCUUACUAAAGUAAUAGACACAAUACACCGUAACAAGAACAAGUUUUUUGAAGAAUAUGGAGAGGAGGGCAUCAAUGCAGAGAAGCAGACAAUAGGUUUGUUGUCUAAACUAAGGAAUGAGCUGCAAACUGAUAAACCCGUGCUGGAAUUGACUGACAGCUUGCAAGAUGCAGAGUCUUGGAACCAGUACCUGCAGAGGCAGCAGAGGCUGCAGGGGGACCAGGAGUCUGUGAGCUGGUUCAAGUCUCCUUGGCUGUAUGUGGAGUGCUACAUGUACCGGAGGAUACAAGAGGCUCUCUGGCUGAACCCUCCCAUCAGUGACUUUGAUGUCUUUAACGAGGCAAAGACUCAGAGCUUUUAUGCGUCUCAGCAGGCUGUGAUGGCUUUAUGUACUUAUUUGGAGGAUGUCCGUAAGAACAUGGAGAAACUCUCUAAGAAUCUUCUGUUGGAACAUUUCAACACACUACUGCAGGUUUCUCUGUGGGGGAACAGAUGUGAUCUUUCUAUCUCGGCUGGCCAAGAUAACGCUCAAAAGACCAGUCCAAUAGAGUCCCUCAACAGCCUGCAACCCUUUAUCUUGGUAAAUGACUCCAGCAUGGUGUGGUCAACUCUUAAUUCUCCCCAGGAGCCGGGGGAGUCGGGCACCAAGACUGCAGACAGAGUGGACAUUGUGCUAGACAAUGCUGGCUUUGAGCUUGUCACUGACUUGGUCUUAGCAGAUUUCUUGGUUUCAUCUGGCCUUGCUCGCCAGAUUCACUUUCAUGGCAAAUCUUUCCCCUGGUUUGUAUCUGAUGUCACAGUUAAUGACUUACAGUGGACCAUCCAGCAGACCAUGGGGGCCAAUCACAAGUGGGUGUCCAAGUGUGGCUUCCAGUGGCGGAAUUAUCUGAAAGAAGGUGUGUGGCAUUAUCAUGAGCAUCCUUUCUGGACACAGCCCCAUGAGUUCUGCGACAUGGCAGCAGAUGCUCCUGAGCUGUAUGCAACCCUGCAACAGGCAGCCCUGGUGUUGUUUAAAGGUGAUCUCAACUAUAGGAAACUGACUGGGGACAGGGACUGGGAUCACACCGUUGGUUUCAGCACUGCACUCCGAGGUUUUGGGCCUGCGCCACUCUGUAGUCUGAGGACUCUUAAGGCCAACAUUCAGGUUGGUCUGCAACCAGGCCUAGGGGAGAAGCUCACAUCCCAAGACCCAACUUGGAUGACUAGCGGCAAAUAUGCUGUUAUUCAGUCCUUCUGCCAAAAGUCAGAGUAGUCUGGCGACAUCAAAAUUGCACGAGGAAGACAUGGAAAUAUAGAGAUAUUAUAGAAGGUUCCAAAAAUAACUGUUACCUUCAAAAGAACAGUGUGUAACAAUAACAAAAAUAUAUUGAAACAAGAGAUUAUAUUAUUAAAAAUGGUUUCUAUUUGUGCAGUGGCCACUCACCCAUGGAAGAGCGGACAUAUUGCAGACAGUUGGCACAUAAAAGAAAAACCUGAAGGAAUCAGAGUUAGUCUUGGCAGGAUGCUUAUUGUGACCAACUGCAUAGUGUCUCUCCCUGAUAGCAGUCAUACUAUCGCAUGGGUCACAUAUUUUGGGCUAUAUUUUUAUAGGUGGUUUAACAGUAUUGGACAUGGUUCGUAUCCUAAACUUAACCACUAGAUGUCAGUAAUUGUUGCACACUGUCACUUUAAGGCAUAAGAAAAGUUGGAAAAAAGAUUGAAAAUUGCGAUUAUUAUUUUCCAUGAUCCUCACCAGGUUUAACAAAGAAAAAUAAAGUAACAAUAAUUUUACAUUAUGAGAGUAUGCAUUUGCAUCAUUGUGUACAUUUUUAAGCAUUUUUAGUUUUGCAUUUUCCAUAGUUACUUGAAUUUGAUAGCUGUCUUUCAUUGAAAAUUUGUCCUCAGAAUUAACAUAUCAUUAAGCUUUUUAUUGCAGGUAUUUGCAUGCAGUCCACCCUGAAUAAAGUUGUAAUGUUUACAUAUUAAAAUAUAUGCAGAUAACAAAUACUGAUGUAAAAUUGAAUAACAAUUGGGUGCUUUGAAUGCACCUUAGCAUGCAGUUGUGCAGAAUGAAGACUGAUAUUAUUUUUGUUGGUUCCGCUCAGGAUGGUAUACUUUUGCACUUUUGCAGUGCCAUUGACAUUCAAGCAUCAAACAAGCAAACUACCACAUCAGAUCAUAGCAUUGUGUCAUGAGUGUAUUUGUAGUUUAGACUGUUUCUACACAGCGUAACAACAACAUUUAUGACCUGUGUUUGUUGUGUUUACAUUUGGAACCCAGACCUCUGUAUGUUCGUAGAUAAAAGUGGACGUUAUUGUGCGCACAGUUCUAUCUUGCAAAUCUGUGUUAUCACUUUCAGAACAUGAGAGGUGAUGUCAACUGAGUGUUACUGGAGCAAAGUUUGCAAGUUUCUUAAAUUGCUUUGAUUUAAUAAAUUACUGCAAAAUAUUUG